AUCACAUGAAAAUACAAAAUAUUAUACGAUAUGUUAGUAGUAUAAUAAAUAAAAUUGGUAAAAUAAUUAAAAUACAAAAUCUCAAUAGUAAUAUAUAUAACUAGAAGAAUUUAUUUAAUUGUUUCCAUGAUGAAUGAUACACUAAAAUAAGUGAAAUGUACAUUUAAUGGAAAUUGUUGAUAUUAAAUUAUGUUAAAGACUUGGUGUUUAUUAUAGCAUUGUCUUAUAGUGGAGAAUAAUGAUAUGAUGCAUUGCAUCUUUAAAUAAAAUGAAGAUUGUAAUUUUUUUUAUUACAGAAAAAGUCAAAAAAUAUAUUAUUCUCUACAAAUUUAGUGAAAAUUUUCAUUCUUCAUCCAAUUCUACUCUUUAGGGGGAAAAAAAUAAAAAUAAAAACCCUGAACUAAAAUCUAGUUGAAAAGGGGAGAAGGAUAAAAUUCUCAUUUCUAGAUUGAGUGUGAUUCAAGGAACUCCAACUUUAAGCAAGGCAUCUUUAUUGUGACUAUUAAUGAGAACCUUAAUUGUAGUGUAGGACUAGAGGAUUGUUUUGGAUAAAUGUUUUGUGCUAAAAACAAUUUACAAUCAAAAUUUCUAGAGACAGUUAUUAAAAGAAGAGUAGAGUUAUGUCUCAAAGUUAAGUUGGUGGUUACAAAACUAUGCAGUAAUGGAGAAGUUAAAGGAUGAACAAAUGGAGUAUCAUCAAUCUUUUGAGGCCAAGGAUCCUUUAACUGAGUCCAUUUAUAGCCUUCAGAUUGCAAAGGAAGCACUUGAACAAGAAGUGAAAAAAUUUGGUGACAUUUGGAACCAACCUCUGUUAUCUGCUUCAACUUCCUUGGAACUCAAGGCAUUGAGCAAAUCGGAAGAUUCCAAGGAUGAGUACCUCGCCGAUGCGAAUUCAGUCUCUGUCAAGACACUGGAGAAGCAAGGAUCACUAUCUAGAAUUCAAGUGCAAGUUCCUAACAAAAUUGAAGAUUUUGGUGACAUCAUAGCAGUUGUGGAAACUUGUAUGAUUGAGAGAAGUGUGUGUAAGCUCACAUUUUUAUUUUCAUUACAGUUCAUAUUAUUGAUCUUGGUUUUUUUACUUUUUGACUCCCGGUUAUCAAUUGAUUCUGCUGUCGUUGCUCCGACAUGAAUCCGAGGAGUUUAGUUACCUUCACUGUGUUCAUUCUCAGAAGAUUCUAUGUUUGAAUCUUAAAUUUCAGUCUCAUUAUGUAUGCUAAUCUCAUUUUGUUUACUUCUAUAAACUAUUCUUUGAAUAUCAA